CUUAGCUUCAAGCCUUUCAACAACGAGCUGUAUAUCUUCAGAAACAAGAAGACUAGAGUUCUUUUGAUCCUCUACAUCAACAACAUGCUGAUAGCUAGCCUCAUACUCUCAGAUAUCAACAAGAUUGCUGCUGCUAUUAGCAAGCGAUUUAAUCUCAAGCAUUUGGGAGAUCCAAAGAAGUUUCUAAGCUUCAACAUU